AAUCGCCUCACAUGCACUGGCUUUGUUAAUGACCUGGCAACCAUUAAAGAUGUGCUACGUGAACUUCACAGUCUGUCCCUAAAACUUCAGAACAGAAGCACUUCUCUUAUGGAGGCCACACGAGAAAUAAAGAUGACAAUUGAGGUGUUGAAGGCUUUCAAGAUCACCCCAGGGAAGUCAAUGGAGAAAGCAGCGGAAGCUGUUAAAGUAGGAGAAUUCAAACAAGUGCCCUUACGUUCAAGCAAGGAAAAUGUAAAUAGAUUCCUAUUCCACCAAGCCAUCAUCGACAGUCUCUCUUCACGAAUGCCUGACACAAAUCUUACAAAGAUUAUAACACCACUGGAUCCCCUAAACUGGCCAAAAUCCAGGGAGUCUCUUAUUCUCUUUGGGGAGAAAGAGAUCCACGACCUGGCAAAGAUGCUUGAAGUACCAAGUAGGGAGGCAGUUGAGGACUUCAGAAAUUGGAAGCUCAACAAUGAUCAGAAUGGGCAGGUCCUCAAAAAGUUGUUGACUGCUAGCAAAACAUACCUGGCAAGUUCUUCUGAAUGUGAAAGAGGCUUCUCUGUCCUUAAUGCCACUGCCACAGAUGCAAGGAAUGGCCUUCAAGUCAGGAGCCUCUCUGCAGCACUUUUCAUUGACAUUAAUGGCCCCUCUCUCAAGAUGUUUGACGCUUACCCGUAUAUUCAGUCUUGGCUUAGGGAGAAACAUUGUCUGUCAACUGCCAGUAAAACAGGGAGACGAGACAAAUCUACUGAGAAAAUCAGGCCACUGUGGGUUGUUCUAAACAACAGUGAAUGA